UCAUCGUCAUGCGACGAGCGGAAACGCAUGCGGAAAGCGCAGAGAGGAAUGUGUCUCUGCUAGGCAAAACGUGUUUCUACGUUAAUUUGUUGGAAACAUGGCGCCGGUACAACAAGAACCAGAGAUCCAGUUCGCUCAAAGAUUGGCUUCUAAUGAGAGGCCCAUGCGAACAAAAGCCAUCAAGAAGCUAAGAAAAUAUAUUCGUGUUAGGUCACAGAAAAUCCAAGGUGGGUUUGAAGGUGACGAGUUACUCAAACUAUGGAAAGGCCUCUUUUAUUGCCUGUGGAUGCAGGACAAGCCACUUCUUCAGGAGGAGCUGUCGAAUCAGAUCUCUGGCCUGAUACACAGCUUCCAGAACAUCCAGAGCCAGUUUAUGUUUCUGGAGACCUUCCUGCAGACCAUCAAAAGAGAAUGGACCGGCAUUGACAGGCUUCGCAUGGAUAAGUUCUUCCAGCUGGUUCGUUUCGUGUUCAGGAACACUUUUGAGAUGAUGAAGAGGAAAGAAUGGGAGACCAGUGUGGUGACCAGGUUUCUGGAGCUCCUGACUGCCCAGGUCCUCCACAGCUCCAGCGGAGCUCCCUGCGGAUUACAGUUCCACAUACUGGACAUCUAUAUGACCGAGCUGGCUGCAGUCGGCUCAGCUGAGCUCACAGCGGCUCAGAACAUGACAUUCAUUGACCCUUUCUGCAAAACAGCGUCUAAAACGAAAGAUCGGAUCUUGCUCAGGGCUAUCUGCAGCAGCAUUUUCAGCGCCAUCGUGGACCAGGCUCCCUUCGCCAUCGAAGACCUGUUGAAGGAAGUGAAGGCUACAGGUGGAGGGGCUGAGGAGUCCGACUCGGGACAGGCUUCUGAAGAGGAGGUAGAGAAGGAUCCCCCCAAGGGCAAAAAAACUGCAAAGGAAGCCCUCAAGAAAACCACUGGAGGGCAGACCAACGGUACUGUGUCAACUGAGGAAGAUGAUGAUGAGGAUGAAGAUGGUCUGGGCGAUGAAGACGAAGACGAAAUGCUUCAUAUGGAGAGUGACUCUGAGUCUGAGAUGCCAGAUGACGCUGGGAUCGGACCUGUUCUCCAGUUUGACUACCUUAGCCUGGCAGACAGGCUGUUUGGGCUAGCCAGACGCAGCAACACCCCUAGCCACAACAGACAGAGACUGUACAAAGUCGUUAAGACUCUCCGGGAUCUCAGUGAAGGAGUCUUUCCACAGGAUGAGUACCCAGAGGAGGUGUCGACAGAUGAGGAUGAUGAUGAAAUGUUUGGCAGCAGAAAGAGGAUGAAACGGGGACGAGGCUUCGGGGAGGAAGAGGAAGAGAGCUCACCAGCCAAGAAAUGGAAAGGCAAGAAAAAAGACUCCAAAGCAAGAACGUCUGACCAGCCUGCCGCAACAGAUGACAGUAAACCAGCAGAGACUCCCGGAGACUCCAAUAACAAGAAGAAGAAGAAGAAGAGGAGGAGGAAGAAGAAGACUGGAGAGGUGAAGACUGAAGAGCAGAACGGGGUGGCGGCGAAGUCGGAGGUUAAGGUUGAGACGGACACAACUCCUGCUUCUGCACCGCAGACGACAGACUCUAAAGAAGCAGAGACGGAGCCCUCUAUCCCAGCCAAGGGCACCGAUACAGGAGCGUCUCUCCUGAAGGAGAAGGCAAAGGUGACAGCCAUGGAGACAGGGGUCCAAUCAGGAACUCCACAGGAUGUAGUGGUAGGUAACUUGUCAUCUGUCACAGUCAUGGAGGUAGACCAGAAGAAACAAUCAGAGACUCCGGUACCAGACGCCAAGAAGAAAAAUAUCAAGAAGUCCAAAACGCCUGCACCAAAGCAGAAGAAAGAGGUAGCAGAACCAGCAACGUCUGCCCCUGAGACUGCUACUACCACCCCAAGCAGGAGGAAAAAUACCAAGCAGGAGCCUGAGGAGCAGACCACUGUAGAGGAAGUUGAAAUGACAUUAGAAACAGUAGACGAGACCACGGCCACCCCACCGAAGAAGAAGAGGAGGAGGAGGAGGAACAAGGUUAAACGGACCGCUGAGACAGACACAACAGAGGUGGACCUUGAACCAGACUCUACCCCAGCCAAGGAGCCUCCAGUUGACCUCCGCAUCGCCGCCACUCCCCUGAAAAAGAAGAAACUAAAGGUGGCAAAGGCUGGAGAGGAGAGCGUCGAGGGUGACAUACGGCCAGAAACUGAAGCAGACGUCCUGGUUGUAGACACCAAGGUGGAGCCAGCAUGUGUCGCUACAUCAACCCAGCUCAAGAAGAAGAAGAAACAUGCCAGGGCCGAAAGUGAAACCCCGCCGAAAGCAGACGCAAACCUCACACUGAUCGACGCUGAGGUACAGACGCUGGAGGCCGCCACACCUACCCCACUGAAGAAGAAGAAACAUGCCAAGGCUGAGGUACAGACGCUGGAGGCCGCCACACCUACCCCACUGAAGAAGAAGAAGAGCUCUGGACUGGUAGCGCAGGAGCUAGAGACCACGACAGUGAAGGAGAGCGUGUCAGAGGAGCAGCCUACAGAUGCUGACCUGGACACGCCCCUGAAGAAAGGGAAGAAGAAGAGGAAGGUCCCGGUAGUGAUAGAGUUCGAGGCUGAGGUCAACGGGAUGGCUGGAGGCAAGAAAGCCAAACUGAGCAACGACAGCAAAGAGCUGUCCACGCCGGUGAGCGCCAAGAAAACCAAAAAAAUGACGCCCAAGAAUGCAGGGGCGGAGUCUGACUUCAUCACGUUCCAGAACCAUGCCACCAUCCCUACUCCCCUUUUCUUCAAGACCACCAAGGGAAGCCCCAGCACACCGCUAUCCAGCAAGAAGAAGAAGUGUCAGACUCCAAAGUCCGAAUCCAAGAAGGUUACCUUCGGACUCAAUAAAAACAAAACUGCAGGAUCCCCAGAGUUCAGGAAGACUGACCGCAGCCUGCUGGUGAGUCCAGAGGGGUCGUCCCGAGUGCCGUUUGACCCCCAGCAGAAGCCCCUGUUUGGGGUCUUGAAGUCCCCAGAGGCCUCUCUUACCAAAAGCACUAAGAAGACCAAGAGCACCCUGAAAACCACCCCCAAACGCCCCACCGCGGCUGACUUCUUCUAGUCUUCUGUGAGGAGACUGGUGAGACAGAUGACCGUCCCACCCCCACUGUUUGUCUGCCAGGAAUAUAUCAUUAUAAACUGAAUAUCCACAGAUUCAUCCGUUGGGAAGAGAGUGAUCUUGAUAUACAAAUGUUUAUUUUAUUUUUUUUGUCAUUUCAAAUUUUCAGUGUUUUGCUGUUCUGUGGGUGAGCAAGUUUUCAAAUAAAGACUCACUUCCUCAUUUUAGUGAACCUA